UCCCUGGCAGAUGGAAUGAAAUUGAUUAUUAAUGUAUUGAAAUAAAGUCAGCUCUCAAGUUUCAAGUUGCGACCUCCAUUUGCUUGUUGUUAUCGUGACUUCAAACACCUAGGUAGGUAACUAUCUUGUUUCCAAUAAUGCUGAUGUUACGUUUAAUUCAUAAAAGUGCAAGUAAACAGUUUUCAAGAUCUUAUAAGUAUUAUUGCAGCAUGGCUGAGACUGCGCGGAUGAAUAUUCCGAUAGUUUAUGGCGAUGAAAUAUCUCCGCCAGUGAGAUUUGUUACGAUGACAGCAUCUAUUUUAGGAAUCGAUUUAGAUUUUCACAAAAUCGAUUUAUUUAAAAAUGAAAAUAGAAGCGAAUCUUUUAUGAAGAUAAAUCCUCUACAGAAAGUACCAGCAAUGGUGGUUGGGGAUAUUACAAUAUGUGAUAGUCAUGCUAUUGCUACCUAUCUUUGCCAGAUUGGUAACGAUACUCGUCUCUACCCGGAUGAAUCACUCCUCAGAGCCAAAAUCAAUCAAAUUUUAUUUUUUAAUUCUAGUACUUUGUUUCGGAUUGAUAGUGAAAUAUUCACAGCAUAUUUUUCUCAUCAAUGGCCUGUAAAUGACAAUAAAAUAGAAGAAUGGCUAUCGGCUCUUGACUAUUUAGAAUAUCAAUUAAAUAUAAAUAAUAAUUGGCUAGCCGGCGCCAAGAUGCACCUAUGCGACAUAUGUGCAGUGCCGGUGGUUACAUCAAUGUUACAACUGGUGCCAUUAACAGAAAGACAUCCUAAAGUAGCACAAUGGACAAAGAAGUUCGAAGACUAUCCAUUUUAUGAAAUAAAUAAAAGAGGCUUAGAGGCUUUGCGAAACUGUAUUGAUGUGAUGAACCAUGUUUACAAUAAUUAGCAGAUAAUUAAUGAUUGUUAAUAAAUUGAAAACAAAUUAUAAAAUA